AUUCCUCGGGACAGCACAAACGAUUGCUACGGUGUACCAUGGACAAGUAUAUGGAAGAGCGUUGUAUUGGGCGCGGUAGCUACGGCUGCGCUUACCUUGCCACGGAAGUCAAGACGGGCAAGCAGUACGUGGUGAAGAAGAUUCCGAUUGAACUCAUGACGGACAAGGAGAAGAAACAGGCGUUUGCUGAAGUCGAGCUCUUGUCCAGGUUGGACAACGAGUACGUCGUGCAGUACAAAGAGAAUUUUGUCGAAGGCACGGUAUUGCAUCUCGUGAUGGAGUACUGCGACGGUGGGGACUUGACCGCCCGCAUCAAGGAAAUGAAGGACUCGAACGGCGGGUACUUUCCACCCGACGUCGUCUUGACGUGGUUCGUGCAAAUGGCAGUCGCGAUCAAAUACCUCCACGAGCGUCAUAUUCUUCAUCGCGACCUGAAGACGAGCAACAUCUUCCUGACACGUCGAAACAUUGUGAAACUUGGGGACUUUGGGAUCGCCCGGACACUCGAAUCGACGAUGGACCACGCAAAGACCGUGGUCGGGACGCCGUACUACAUGAGUCCGGAGGUCUGCGAGAGCAAGCCUUACUCGUACGCGUCGGACGUGUGGGCUCUCGGUUGCGUUCUCUACGAAGUGUGCGCGUUGAAGCACGCAUUCGACGCCCCCAACAUACUCAUGCUCAUCGUGAAGAUCAUCCAGCACGAGUUUCCACCGUUGCCGCCGUGCUACCCCGCCGAGUUUACGUCCCUCCUCCAAGCGCUGCUGAAUAAGGACCCCGAGAAGCGCCCGUCGAUCGAUGCCAUUCUGCGAAUGCCCAUGCUUCAAGACAGCUUGCGCGCAAUGCAAAUGAGUGCGAUGGGCACCCCAGAUAUGCAAGCGGCCGACUCUGUGGACGAGACCGAUCUAUGCGAUGGCACGCGUAGCAACAUCAAGAAUGGUGGCCAAUGGACCGACCUGGUUCCCAUCGACGGCACAGUCGCGUUCGACUAUUUGUCGUCGAGUUUUCAACAAGACCAAGUUGCGACGGGAAUUCGACCGCCCACGCUAGUCCAGACGAGCCCCAAGAUGAUGGCGGGUGUGGCAGGGAAGGCUCGAGGAGGAGGAGACCGCAUGUGUUGGGUGGAAAGCGCUGGCUCUGAUGAGGUCGACGAAGUCCUGGAAGGGCCGAUUUCGCCCACGCCGUGCGAUGACGAGUUGAUCAAACCCAACUACGAGACGGCGUACUCGGAAGAGUGCUUUGACAGUAUCCACAUAGACUAUGGUCGCAAAGUCCGAGGUGGCCGGCGGAAGGCGCUGACUCUGGAUCAGCACAUGCCUUUGCCACCAUCCGGCAAACCCAGUACCCGCCAUGGCACACCCCAAACGCAUCCAAAGCACCACCCACCAGGGCGUGUGCAUGUGGCUGGCAAACCUCGUCUCCAAGUGGACGAGAGAUCGGCGAGUCGUUCGAGUUUCCAACUCCCCCCGCGCCAUCCCGAGUCCAUACGUCCACUCGUUCCAGUCAAGGUGGUCGUGAAGCCCAAAUCGUUCGUCUACCCUUUGUCGAGGCGAAAGUCGCCUGGUGUGGCCAUCUCGUUGUCGUCGCUGUCUCCGUCGUCAUCGAUCGGAGAGGAAGACGACAUCGGUCGCGAAGUCAUCGAGUCGGCCGAUGACAUGGAUGGUGGUCCGUACACGUCGAUGAGCGAGUGCGACGCAGAGGAGAACUUUUACAGCGACGACUCGGACUUUGACAACGAAGAUUUGACGUUGGACACAUCCGGGGAAGUGGACUUGGGAGUUGCUGGCGGCGUCGUUUUGAGUCCAACCGCGCUCCCCACACGUGGGCAGUCACCGCCCUUUGUCGAGCACGGCUACAGCGAUGAUUUCGACGACACUGAAGCCGAAGUGAUCGAGUACGACAACGACGAUGACUUUGCGACCCAUAAUGGCAGCAGCAGCAGCAGCAGCAGUGACGACGGGGAUGACGAAGGUGGGGACGACGCACGCACAGGUGCUGUUUGUGGGAACGAACGAAGGGGUCUUGUCGAAAGCUAUAGCUACGAUGAUGACGAUGACUUUCUCCAACCCGCGACCCCAUCCAAACCACCCACGGCACAUCCAUCGUUGACCGGCGACCUGCCAUUGCCGCCGAUGGCAUCCGUUGUUGCAGUUGGCCACCGCUAGCGUGCCCGCUAGCUUGAGUGAAUAGUAUUUGUUCGUACUGUGCGC